UCUGGUCAGUUAGAAAAAAUGUUGUGGCCCAAGAUAGUUUCCUUUGCACUGGUCAGCCUAUGCCUGGCCAGAGUCCACCUGGCAGCGAACCAGGAGUCCACGACGAGCUGCCCCACGAGCUUCAGCCGAGUGGGGGACAAGUGUCUGUUGGUGGAAGGCAGCUGGAAGAAUUGGUUUGAGGGCGACCGCUACUGCCGCACCCUUAACGCCAGCAUGCUUAGUAUUCGGAACCUGACGGAGUUUAACCUAAUCAACAGCUUCCUACCGGAGUUCGCGUCCUCCGAGCUGGAGCUCUGGACAUCUGGCAAUAGUCUGGGGAACGCUCAGACGAACUACUUCUGGCAGAGCACGGGCAAAGAGGCCACCUACCUUCCCUGGGCCACGGGACAGCCUAAGAAGGCCAGCGGUGACUGCCUCAGUCUGACCGCCAACUUCAGCAUGGAAACGGGAGAGGUAGUGUUGGAACCGCACCGCUUGACCGUCAGGAACUGCACUCUCUGGGGUGCCGUCAUCUGUGAGACCAAGUUGACGCAUUACAAAACAGAGCUAUGCCUCAAUCCGAAUGCAUUUUAUGAGGCCCAAAUACCCGUUUAGAGGAAAAUAUAAAAAUAUAAAAAUAAUAA